UCCUCCUCCUGAUUCAGAGAGAAACGGCAAGCUGAUGGGCUGUACCAUUCCCCAACCACAGGGCAACACAUGGAGCUCAGCGAAGAAAACCUACAUCCAUUUCAGUACUAUAAACUUGCUUCCUCCCCCUGCUCAGGUUUAGAGUCAGUGGAACCGCCUGCUGUUCAAGUUGGAGGGGGUUAGCAGGAGGAGAGACGGUGAGCAGAUAGAGAACCAGCUGAUCAGGGAAGCAUAGAAAAGCCAGGGGGGUGAGGUGAGCAUAUGAAGAAAAGAGCUUUCCCUUUCUUUAGUCAUGGUUCCUUACACCAGUGGGAACCCUUGUGAGGAAAGAUCUUAAUAGGAUGAUGAGGGAAAUUUAAAGAAGCUGGUCUUUGACAAGCAAGCAAAUCGACGUCCGGAAUUCAGUUGACAGCCCUACUCAGGAAAAAAUAGAGAUGUCUUGGUUGUCACCUGUGUCAUGGGCCAAAUGGACGUGGACGGCGGUGCGAGGGGCAGAAGAGGAGGGAAGCGAAGAGAAGGUACAUCAUGGUGAGGAAAGGGAGGAGGAAGAUGAAGAGCAAUCUCAAGGCUGCAGUUCUGACUCUGACGGUCAUUUCGAUACUCCUGAGGCAGCGACUCCCAUCCGUGACCCACCCAUCAUCCCAGGAGAGCUGGAGAAUAACAAGGCUGACAAUAAAACUGAUGCAGAACAGGAUGAACACCUGAUUGUUACAGCUCCAGUCGGGGAUUACAAUAAUUUGCUCUUUCAGAACAUGGGUCAAGAUGAGCCAGCGGUACCCAAGCAAGACCCCAAGCAACUAGAAGCACAACAGAAUGGUUUGUCAAAACCAAUAGAUUAUGUACCUGUUCCUGACUCAUUCCCUGGGACAUCAAUUUCAGAAAUGGUCAAAUGCACAGUUCCAUGGCCAGAGCCUCCCCAGGAAGAGCUAUUGGUUCCUGAAGAGAUGAAAUGCACAGUUCCGUGUCUAGAAGCUCCACGAGAAGAGAAGCCAUUGGUUCCUGAAGUGGCGAAAUGUAAAGCUCCAUCGCCAGAGCCCCCCAGAGAAGAGCAAUUGGUUCCUGAAGUAGUCAAAUGUAAAUUUCCAUUGCCAGAACAACCCAGAGAAGAGCCAUUGGUUCCUGAAGUAGUCAAAUGUAAAUUUCCAUCGCCAGAACCACACAGAGAAGAGCCAUUGGUUCCUGAAGUGUUAAAAUGUAAAGUUUCAUCACCAGAACCCCCCAGAGAGGACACAUUGGUUCCUGAAGUGAUAAAAUGCAAAGUUCCAUCGCCAGGAUCACCCAAAGAUACAAUUCCUGUAUUGGAGAAUGAACCAGAUCUGAAGCUUGCUCCGGCUUCUUCUCCUACACCUGCAAAAUCUUCAGUCCUAAUGAGUGAAGCUGUUCCAAGCCCUCUUCUGGAGCGGUCAGAGAAACCUUUUGUUGAUUCAGAACUCCAAAACAGUGGUGUAACCAAAAAAUCUGAAUCUAGCUCAAAAAAUAAAACCCGCAAAUCUAAACCUCCAUCCCUAUCAAUGAAGGAGAUACCGAAUGAGGAUGCACAAUCAAACGAGGAUCAAGAACUCCCUGUUCCCAAAGCCUCAUACAAAUUUGACCCAGACCAGAUAGAUGACAGUUUUAACCCUUUUACUAGCGGUGGAUCCAAAAUCCAGAACUCUCCACCACCAUGCAGUUCACUAACUUUCUCUAGACCAGAACCGCUCGGUAGCUCUCACAUUGAGGACACUACACCCAGACCAACAGAAGAAUCAACAUCAGACUCAAAACCUGUGAUUCUCGAGUUUGGUCUGGACGAGGGAACGGUCCGUAAACCACCUCCAAAGAAACUCGGAUGUAAAAAAACAACCAGCAAACUCAAGAAACAAAUGAAGCCAAAAGUGUCAGAAACUUCUUGUGAGCCAGCACCAGAACCUCUAGCGUCAGAAUUGGUUUCUGACCCAACAUCGGUUCCAGAGACUAAUGUGCCAGAUUCAGACUCCAAUGUGCCUCUAAACCUGGAUGACAUUCCUAUUCCUAAGAAAGGAACUUACAACUUUGAUCCCAGUCAAUGGGAUGACCCAAACUUCAAUCCAUUUGGGAGCAACAGCACAUUGAAUAAUUCUCCGGGGCUCCCCAAAAGCUCCUACAGUUUCGACCUGGACAAGUUUGAUGAUUCUGUGGACCCUUUCAAGCCCUCCAACACUUUGAGCAACGAUGAAUUCUCCAGUUAUUCCACUCAGUCUGAGAAAAAAACAAAAGAUGGAAGCAAACAGAAAGCAAAUGAACCAGUUAAGGAAAAGAAAGGGCAACUGAUUCCCAAGAAAAGCAAACAGAUGACAGCCAAGACAUCUGAACAAGCCAAGUUUCUCUGUUUUCUUUUGAAUCCCUGCAAAGUGGACAAACAUGAUGAGAGCCAGUCGCAAAUGCAGGACAUGUGCAAGCAGGAGGAGGAGGAUGUUGUGGUUCACGCCCCGGAGAUCUCACAGCCAGUUCACCAUGCUACUGAUGAGGAGAAGCUGGCCUGCACAGGCAUCAUGGGUCAGAUGACCCAAAAUGAGCACCAGCAAAAAGAAGAUUGUGAAAACAGUAAAGCAUCUCACAAAAAACAGCCAAGUGAUGACAUACCUGUAAGAGAUGCUCCUGAGAUGGUGGAUCAUGAAGUUGAAAAGGACACAUGUAUUGUGAAGGAUGAGACACAUGAGAGUCAAACAAUAUGUAGCAGCGAAACUGAGGUCCAGUCCCAAGACAAAAUUUGCCUAACUGAGAUUGACAAGGCUGCAGUGUUGACCCUCAUCAGGGAGGAGAUAAUCACUAAAGAGAUGGAGGUGAAUGAGUGGAAAACAAAGUACGAGGAGAGCAGAACGGAGGUUUUAGAGAUGAGGAAAAUUGUUGCAGAGUAUGAAAAGACAGUUGCCCAAAUGAUUGAGGAUGAGCAGGAGCAAAAGACAUUGUCAUGUAGUAAAUCGGUCAGGCAGCUGACUAUGGAAAGGGAUCAGGCUCUGUCUGACCUCAAUUCUGUCGAGCGCUCCUUUGCUGACCUCUUCAGGAGGUAUGAAAACAUGAAAGGGGUCCUGGAGGGCUUCAAGAAGAAUGAGGAGGUCCUCAAGAAGUGCGCACAGGACUAUCUGACACGCAUCAAGCAGGAGGAGCAACGUUACCAAACCCUCAAAGUGCACGCGGAGGAGAAACUAGAUAGGGCCAAUGAGGAGAUUGCUCAGGUGCGUGCAAAAGCCAAUUCAGAGGGUAUCGCACUCAAUGCCAGCCUGAGGAAGGAACAGAUGAAGGUGGACUCACUUGAAAGGGCCGUCCUUCAGAAGAAUCAAGAGAUUGAAGAGCUCACCAAGAUCUGCGAUGAGCUAAUUGCCAAAUUGGGAACGGAGUAGGCAAUGACUGUGUUCUUUUAAAAGAGCACACAAAACACAUAAACACACUGCAAGCUAUCCGGAGUGGUGGAUUACGUAUAUGUUUGCAUACCUCAUACUAAAAUACAGAACUCGAACAGUGUUCAAGCACAAAAGUCAGGCCUAUUUUGACCGUAUGGAUAUUGUAGUCAUCUUUUAUUCAUGACUAUGAACUAAUUUACAUUAUAUGUAGUUUCCUUCUUGAGCAUCAGAAAUAUUGUCAUUGAGUGCCUGAGCUUUAGAUAGAGGUUUUAGAUGUAUAGAUUACCUUUCUCAAUUUCAAUGCCUAUAAAAACCAGUUGUACAUCAUUAAAUAUGGAAAUAUCAGUAAUUUAAUCCAAAAAGUGACUCAACCCUUAACCCUAAAUACAUAUGAUUUAUCCUUAACAACAUAAAAACAACAAAAAAUGACUAUCAAGAAAUAAAUUCCUGCUUGACAGAAACAAAAACAAUACAAAAAGUGUUUAAAUUUUUAAUCAGCAUUUACUAUGUGAAUGAAAUGAGUGUCUUUUUUGACCUAAUAAUUUCUUUUCCCCCCACAAUAUUCUAAUUUAUUGAGAUGUGACCUUUUAAGUUAUUUCAAAGCUAUUUUUCUGUUACCUGUUUUAAUCACGUCCUUCUAUGAGUAAUACUGUCAUCAUGGAAUACUGUCAUCAUGCAAUUGACAUUUGUGGAAUCUUUUUUUUUUUUUUCUAAAGAGUGAAAUCAUCUUUUCAGUCAGCCUCUUUCCACCUUGCUUUUCCUCACGCUGUGUCACGUUUCAGGAGCCGUCUGUGCUAUUUUUUGCACGCUCAGUCUAUCCAAAUAAGGUGUGCCUUUGUUUAUUUUGUAAAUAUAAAACGUGUCUCUGUAAUUUCCUCAUGCAGUCGUCUCUUGUGGCCAAAGUGCCGUGUCGCACGUCUAUCCUGUUAUGUGAAUGCACGCUUGCAGUUUAAACAUGUUCCAGCAUUGAUGGCAUUCUCGGGUCAGGUUGAACCCAAGAGACGUAAGUGCAGCAAUGAGAUGGAUGGUCUGCUCUUCAAUGGUUUCAGCACAAUCUAUUGCCAAAACGAUGACAAAUGACGGUGUGUUGCGGUGGUGUCUUUCAUAUUU